GCCGGGGGUGGGUCCCGAGGGAGGGGCCCCCGGCAGGCCCAGCGGCUCCCCGGACCCGGUUGCCGGGCAGCCGCCGCCGCAUUGUGAGGCCGGCUCCCCGCGGCGGCAGCUGGGGCUCCCCUGGGCAGAGCCAGCCCCUGCCCCGGCCCCCCCGUCCCGCCCCAUGUCCGCCUACCACUGGGAGGCCCGGCGCAGGCAGCUGAUGCUGGAGCGCAGGAGGCGGAACCAGCUCCUCCAGCAGAAGGCGCAAGAAGCCUCCAAGAAGGUGCCCGAGCAGAGGCCUGAAAUCAACACCCCCCAGCUGCAGCCCCAGAGGCCCCCCGCGCCAGUCACCUGCUCCUGCCAGUGCUGCCCAUGCAAGUGUCAUUACGUGACAACAAGCAGCGCAAAACUGCCACGUAGAUUCUCAGCUGUACAAUACACACAACAAUGGUAAGGACCGAGUAACCAGCAGCAUUGGAAUGACUCCUCACCUAGUAACAUGCCUUUAAGCACCAAGGAGCUCCAGACGAGUGCAGCUAAAUCCAACACCAUAAAGAAGCCAUCAGCAUGAAGAACACAUAGGACCUGCCGGCCACUUCCCAAUAGGGGCUGUAACCCUUAAUGUGUAAUAAAUUCUCCCAACCCACAGAA